CUGUUGGGGGUGGCGGCAGGGAUGACAGCGGCUGUGGCAGCCGCUGCGGCGCGAGACUGAGCGAGCGGCGAGAGAGCCGGAGAAAGAGAAGGAAGUGGAGCCGCGACCUGGAGCUCUGGACGCAGCUGCCACGCCGAGGACCGCCCCACUUUGCAGAGCGAGCCGAGUCCGGACCUAGGAAGACUUCCCCGCCGGGCGCCGGCCGCCGGCCACCGCGGCUCCAAGCCUUUUUGCCGGCGCCCUGCCCUGCCCUGCCUGCCCCAGCCCCGGGUUCUGCCGGGACGCUCCCUGGUCCGCGGUCCUGGUCGUGUAGCCGGGACGCCCGGAGCCCCUGACCCUGAUCCAGUGCACCGGGGCGGGACACUCCUGGCCCACCAUACGGCUCCAUGGUUACGGGCUCGUUCCCAGCCUUUCUAUAGUGUGUGUCGGAGCCCCCGGCCCUCCGCCCAGGGUUAAGGCAGAGUGCAAAGGAGCCCUGACGCCCCCAGACUCUGGUUCGCCGAAACCAUAACCUUAAGCUGCCUCCGACUCGGUGCUUAGGACUUGGGACCGUGCGAACGUCCGGGAAGCCCCAGUCCCCGUUCAGAGCACUGUGAGGGGUCCCAGUCGGACUGAACCGGACCAGGCUGGUGCUGCGAGCCAGAGCUGCCGCCUUCCUGCUGCCCCAGUUUGAGGGCUGAGCGAUUGCCCCGAAGGAAACACAGGAGAGAGCCGAAAGCUGCAGCUCUCCCAGUGAAGUGACAUCACCACCUCCGUGGACAGGACCCCCUUGGGAGCCCAGCUUACAGCCACUGGUACCUUCUUCCAGGACCAGUUGGGGGCCUCCAUGGGCGCCUGAGGGCAGGGCACCAGGGCCGCGGGCACGAGCAUGGUGAGACACCAGCCCCUGCAGUACUACGAGCCACAGCUGUGCCUCUCCUGCCUCACGGGCAUCUACGGCUGCCGCUGGAAGCGCUACCAGCGCUCUCACGAUGACACCACACCGUGGGAGCGCCUCUGGUUCCUGCUCCUCACCUUCACCUUCGGCCUCACGCUCACAUGGCUCUACUUCUGGUGGGAAGUCCACAAUGACUAUGAUGAAUUCAACUGGUACCUCUACAACCGAAUGGGCUACUGGAGUGACUGGUCUGUGCCCAUCCUCAUAACCACAGCUGCCGCCUUCACUUACGUUGCGGGCCUCCUGGUGGAAGGUCACCUUGUUUUGCCCCAUCCUGGCAUGUUUUCCCCCGACCCCAUGGGAGCCAUCCCACCGUUAAGGCCCACUGCAGAUUUCCUCUUCCAGGAUCUUCUGCUUUGGUCCCAGACUCAGGUCCUGGCACUAUGUCACAUCGCUGUGGGGCAACAGAUGAACCUGCACUGGCUGCACAAGAUAGGGCUGGUGGUUGUCCUGGUGGCCACGGUAGUGGCCAUGUCGGCCGUGGCCCAGCUGUGGGAGGACGAGUGGGAGAUACUGCUGAUCUCCCUGCAGGGCACAGCGCCAUUCCUGCAUGUGGGGGCCCUGGCCGCCAUCACUGCGCUCUCCUGGAUCGUGGCAGGACAGUUUGCCCGUGCAGAGCGGUCCUCCUCCCAGGUGGCCAUUCUUGGUACCUUCUUCGCUGUCGUGUUUACCCUCUACCUGGCCCCUCUCACCAUCUCCUCUCCCUGCAUCAUGGAGAAAAAGGACCUGGGUCCCAAGCCUGCCCUCAUCGGUCACCGCGGGGCUCCUAUGCUCGCCCCAGAGCACACGCUGAUGUCCUUCAGGAAGGCGCUAGAGCAGAAGCUGUAUGGAGUCCAGGCUGACAUCACCAUCAGCCUGGACGGUGUGCCCUUCCUCAUGCACGACACCACCCUGCGACGCACCACCAACGUGGAGGAGGAGUUCCCGGAGCUUGCCCGCAGGCCUGCCUCCAUGCUCAACUGGACCUUCUUGCAGAGGCUCAAUGCCGGCCAGUGGUUCCUGAAGACGGACCCCUUCUGGACGGCCAGCUCCUUGUCACCCUCCGACCACAGGGAGGCCCAAAACCAGUCCAUCUGCAGCCUAGUGGAGCUCCUGGAGCUGGCCAAGGGCAAUGCCACGCUGCUGCUCAACCUGCGUGACCCACCACGGGAGCACCCUUAUCACAGCAGCUUCCUCAAUGUCACACUGGAGGCCCUACUGCACUCGGGCUUCCCCCAGCACCAGGUCCUGUGGUUGCCUAAUAGGCAGAGGCCCUUCGUGCAGAAGGUGGCUCCUGGCUUCCAGCAGACAUCGGGUUCCAAGGAGGCAGCUGCCAGCCUGCGGAGAGGCCACAUCCAGCGGCUGAACCUGCGUUACACUCAGGUGUCCCGCCAGGAGCUCAGGGACUAUGCAUCCUGGAAUCUGAGUGUGAACCUCUACACGGUCAAUGCCCCGUGGCUCUUCUCCCUGCUGUGGUGCGCGGGGGUCCCGUCUGUCACCUCUGACAACUCCCACACCCUGUCCCAGGUGCCUUCCCCACUCUGGAUCAUGCCCCCGGACGAGUACUGCCUCAUGUGGGUCACCGCCGACCUGAUCUCCUUCACCCUCAUCAUUGGCAUCUUCGUGGUCCAAAAGUGGCGCCUGGGUGGCAUACGGAGCUACAACCCUGAGCAGAUCAUGCUGAGCGCUGCGGUACGCCGGACCAGCCGGGACGUCAGCAUCAUGAAGGAGAAACUCAUCUUCUCAGAGAUCAGCGAUGGCAUGGAGGUCUCCGAUGAGCUCUCUGUAUGUUCAGACAACAGUUAUGACACGUACGCCAACAGCACCACCGCCCCUGUGGCCCCCCGAGGGAGCAGCAGCCGUGCCAAGAUCCUCACAGACCAGAGUGGGCAUUAGCUGAAGACUGAUCUGUCCAGUCUGUACCUCAUGUGGAGAACAGGGAAGCCUGGAGAGCUAGCAGAAGCGUGCUCUGAGAGCCUCCUUGUCGGCUCCAGCCCCUUGUCAGCCAUGGCCUCUCUUGGAGGGGCUCCCCUCUCCAGCCUCCCAGAUGCCCCUGCAGGCCCAGGGCUCCUUCUGGGAAGUUUGGGGCCUGGGGCCUGGUCCUCUCCCUGAGGCCCUCCCUUGCAUCCUGUUCUGGAAGCUUUGAGGGGUCAUUGGGCUAUUCCAUGACCCCUGUGGCAAUGGAGGAUGUGGAGCCACGUGUGCCCGUAUGUCUGUUCUCUUGUCUGCGCUGCAAGGAAACAGACUUCUCAUGUCUCUCCUGCCUAGAGGGCCUGUGCUUUUCCAUCAGUCUCAACCCACAAGAAAGCUCAGCCUGGGAGGAACACUGCUGCAGUGGUGGAGACACUCCCCCCUGUCCAGCCUCCUGCUGCUGCUGGCCCUGCCCGAGAGGGCCUGAGCCAUCCCCUAGGAGCAGCUAGAGAUGGCCAGAAGAGCAGGCUUGGGGCUGAUGGAUCCCACACCCAAGUGUCCAACAGGCCUCCAGGGCAGACUGGCCUGAGGGCCCAGGAGAUCCACAAACUGACACAACCUCAGGUUCCCACAUCAGUGGGCACAGGGCAGGGGCCACCUGGGCAAAGUGUUCAAGCAUGGUAAAGGGUGCGUAUAUGGCCAAGGAGGCCUACAGCAGAGGGAGCCUGAGGGACCUUGGACAAGAUGAUUAAAGCUGCCAUCUUGACAUGU